ACUAGGGCAGCAAUUGAGCAUCACUUGAGUUCUACAGCUUCAUAAACUCCGUGGCACAGCCAAUUGAAAUCAGCUUGGCAGACCACGAUGUUCCUCCUCGAGUAUCUUCAGCAUCGGCGAGACUGCCGCCUCAAACAAGCCGAGCGCGCCUCCCGCAUCGAGUCUCUCACCGCCUACCACGGCCCGCUCACCGACGCCGACAAGGCAGUCCUGACGCAGCCCAUUGAGGACCUCGUCUCGUCCGUCCGCUCCGGCACCACCACCCCGCUCUCCGUGCUGCGCACCUACGGCCGGGUGGCCCUCCGCGCCCAUGCGCGCACCAACUGCCUCACCGAGAUCCUGCUGCCCUCCGCCGAGGCCUGGCUCGCGGGCGGCAGCGGCGAGAUCAACCUGCGCGGGCCGCUGGCGGGCGUGCCCGUGUCGCUCAAGGACACCGUCGUCGUGGGCGGCUACGACACGACGGUGGGCUACUCGGCCUUCGUGGGCAACCGCGGGGACCGCGACGGGCCCAUGGUGCGCCUGCUCAAGGACGCCGGCGCGGUGCCGUACGUCAAGACCAACCUGCCCAUCACGCUGCUGUCGUUCGAGAGCACCAACGCGGUGUGGGGCCGCUGCGUGAACCCGCACAACGCGGCCUACUCGCCCGGCGGCAGCACCGGCGGCGAGGCGGCGCUGCUGGCCAUGGGCGGCCGCAUCGGCAUCGGCAGCGACGUCGCCGGCAGCGUGAGGGUGCCCGCCCACUUCUCCGGCUGCUACUCGAUCCGGUGCUCCACCGGCAGGUGGCCCAAGAUCGGCAUCUGCACCAGCAUGCCUGGCCAGGAAGGCGUGCCGAGCGUGUACAGCCCGAUGGCGAGGACGCUGGGGGAUUUGGUCUACUUCACGAGGGCGGUGCUCGGGGAGAUGAAGCCGUGGAGGUAUGACUACACGGUGCAUCCGCUGCCGUGGCGCGCCGAGGUGGAAAAAGAGUUUGGGGACGUGGGGAGGAAGUUGAAGGUCGGCGUUUUGAGGACGGACGGGGUCGUGGACCCGAGUCCGGCGUGCGCGAGGGCGCUGAGGAUGGCGGAGCAUGCGCUGAGGAGGCAAGGGUGUGAGAUUGUCGAGGUGAAGGGCGCGCCGGAUAUGUAUGAGGGGCUGAGGCUCGCGUCGCUCCUGCUGAACGCGGAUGGCUGCCAGAUGUUUGAGUCGUUCAGGCGGGCGGGGGAGUGGAACGACCCCGGGGCGGCGCAGAUGCGGCGGCUGGCUGGCCUUUGGGCGCCGUUCCGGUAUUUGUAUUAUCUGUGGGUGAAGUAUGUCAGGCGUGACCACAUCUGGGCCGGGUUGAUCCGCCAUUGGCGGGCCCAUUCCGCGUUUGAGAACUGGAAGCUCGUCAGCCAGCGGGAGCUUUACCGGGCGAGGUGGUUCGAGUGGUGGAACGAGCAGGAGCUGGACGUCAUCCUUGCGCCCCCCAACGCUACUCCUGCAGUGCCGCAUGACGGCAUGCGGGAUGCCGUGAGCAGUUGCGGCUACACAUUUUUGUUCAACUUGCUCGACUACACGGCCGGCGUCCUGCCGAUAACCCGCGUGGACAAGACCUUGGACCGGUUGCCUGCUUCCUUCAAUGUGAAGAAGCUCAACGGGGUUGCCCGAGGGGCCUACAAGCACUACGACGCCGAGCGGAUGCACGGGUUGCCCGUUGGAGUGCAGGUAGUGGGCCGCCGACUGGAGGAGGAGAAGGUGCUGGCCGUGAUGAAGAGGCUGGAGGACGCGCUCGGCGAUGACAAGUACCAGCUCCUGGGUUUCGAUGAUCUGGACGAUUAGUGGUGGCGUCCUCUAGCUAUCCAAGACUCGAAGGUCCGGCGCGCGGUGGGCCGGGGGGAUGGGGAACGGGGGUCAUCAAAGCUUGACAUGUGGGAAA